GAAAAAUUAGAGUUCUUUCCGUUUAAAAUUUUCAAGUAAAAUUAUUACUAAAUCAGCUGGUUUUCUUCUUCAAAAGCUCCCUUGAAGCAGAGAAUUGUGUAUAGUUCGAUACACUGAAGUGAAGAAUCGUGCUCUGUAUCGGUAUGAUCUACUAUUGUCUGCAUUCAUCGUGACUGGUAUGAUGCUUGACUCAGUAUGUACUUAUUUGCUGUGAAUUUUUGACUUUUUGUGGAUUAUUUGGUGAAGUUCAGAUUAUUGAACCGAUUUUUCUCGUUACGCUGAUGCAAUCCUUUUGUUAUCGAUGGCGUCGAUCCGGAGAACUCUCCCGCCGUUUCCCGAGCGGCAUUAUCCGAACGGAGGGAAUUCGUUACCUCUCGACGUUCAUUCGCCAUCUCACAAGCUUCUGUCUAGCGGCAAAAGCUCAUCUCCGUUGUCUGCAUUUGGAUUUGUAGUCGGUAACUUACUCCGUGGGGUUAGGUAUUCGAAGAAUGUUUUUUCAUGGAGGAAAUCGCUUUAUAGGUGUUUGAUUUUCUUCUUUCUAGGAUUUUUACUAGGCAUGACACCUUUUGGUGAUCUCGAAGAUGUGAGCAGCAGCAAUUCCUCAAUUGAAGUGAAAUCUCCCCCAACAAAUGGUGAGAGGGAGUUGAAGGAUAUAGUAAUAAUGCCUAGACCUACAUCCGUUGUUGAUACUUCUCUAGUAAAUGUACAAAAGAAGAUUGAAGUGCAUGCAAGGUUUGAUGUUAUUCCACAGAAACAGUUGAUUGUUGUAACCCCUACAUAUCCCAGGGCAAUGCAAAGAUAUGAUUUGAGUAGAUUGGGGCACGUUCUGAGGCUCGUGCAGCCGCCAUUGCUAUGGAUUGUGGUUGAGAUGAAUGCAGCUUCAUCAGAGACCGCGGAGAUUUUGAGGGAGACAGGUGUUGUGUAUAGACAUGUAGUGUGCUCCAAGAAAAUGGCAGAUGUAAAGGACCGGGGUGUUCAUCCGAGGAACACUGCAUUGGAGCACAUUGAACGCCAUAGACUUGAUGGAAUUGUUUACUUUGCAGAUGAUGACAAUAUCUAUUCACUUGAGUUGUUUAAGAACAUUAGGAAUAUCAGUCGUUUUGGCACUUGGCCGGUAGCUAUGAUGGCACAAAGCAAAAACAAAGCAAUACUGGAAGGUCCUGUCUGUAAUGGAAGCCGAGUUAUCGGAUGGCACACAAAUGAGAAGAGUAAACAACUUAGAAGAUUUCAUGUUGAUAUGUCUGGCUUUGCCUUUAACAGUACUAUGCUAUGGGAUCCAAAAAGAUGGCAUCGGCCUACUGCCAGUCCAAUUUGGCAAUUAGACACUAUAAAAGAAGGUUUUCAGGAGACCACCUUCAUAGAGCAACUUGUAGAAGAUGAAAGUCAAAUGGAAGGAAUACCUUCUGGUUGUUCAAGGGCACUGAAUUGGCACCUCCAUUUGGAAGGUCGUGAACUUGUUUACCCAAAAGGCUGGUUGAUUCUAAGGAACCUUGGUGUUACUUUACCUGCAAUGUGAUGGGAUCUGAACCAGAUGCUAAGAAGACCAAGUUUGUUGUUCAUGAGGUAUUUGAAAACUGAUGAUACCUCGAUUCUUUUUCAAUGCUCCAAUGUCCUAAGCACGAGGAACACGAUUUUUUUGUGUGUGACAGUUAUCUUGUUGAGGAUCCAUCAUGGUGUUUUGCUACCAAAAGAAGCAAAUACUGUCAUUCAGGCCUCUAAUUAGAGGAAAAUGGGAUGAUGAACCUUUGGUUUUGUACUUCUCUAUGGGAUAUAUAUUCCUCCUUUUUUUGGGCUUGCUGGUUGCUGUUUCUUCAAUACCUUCAGAUGAAUUGUGGAUGUUCAUGAAAAUUAGUCUCCCUUUUGAACUGUAAUUUCCAUUUCUUUGCUCCGAAACUGUAAUUUCCAUUUCUUCGAUUUACGAAAAACACGCAGUCAAUUUUCAUCUCUCAUUACAAGGUUUGCUGACUCAAG